GAAAUUAUAUCUUUAGGCUUUACGUCUCCCAUAGUGUUUAGUUAAUAAAUUACGUUCGUUUAAAGGUUGUGUCACGCGAAUUGUGUUAACAAAAAGGAUGCGCUUCCAGUUUAAUAUCGGACAAUGAAAAAACGAGUGUAAUGACUUGAAUAGAGAAAAACUAUUUAUGCGCUUUUUAUAGGAAUGUAGUCAAAUACCAAAACUGGCCCGUUCAAUAUUAUGAGUGAGUUGCAGUCCACCAUAGAAUUUUCAGUGGAGCUGUUUAAAUUUUACAAUGUUGACUUAUUUCAAAGAGGAAUGUAUCAAGUCCGCUGUGCUUUACGAGUCACGUCAAAAUUGAACGUAGAAAUCGAAGUAACCACUCCAGAAGUCACGACUGGACUGGGUACAGCGAUCGUUUUGGGAAAUUAUGGCGCUUGCCGACCAUUUCAAAUACUCUACCGAAACGAAGAGGUUACACUCAAGGAUGUAGUGUUAUUCAGAUGCCACCUCCUGGUCGACGGGAACAAUUUGAGAGAGUCUCUGGAACGGGCCGAAUUCUCUCUCAUUUUAGAACUAUGGUUUAGUGAUACAUCGCCCGUUUCCAUGGUGAUGGUCUCCCAAAGAACACUGCAACUAAACAUGUCGCCCAUCGAAGGCCUGCACUACCAUUUGCCAGUUUUAUUUGAUUAUUUCCAUCUCUCGGCCAUCUCAUUGACUGUUCAUACAGCACUGACUGCCUUACAUCAACCUUCUGUUAAGAAAGGUCUACUUCGAUAUAUGCAAAGUUGCGCUCCCAAACAAUCGAAGUCUUGGAAUAAAAUACGAACGACACAAUGUUCGUCUUUAACGGAUCCCGUCCUACCAGUGAAUAGUAAUAAGAUAUAUAGCAGAAUAAACGAAUCUCCGCAAAUACAUUUAGAAGCAUACAGCGUUUUAGUAGAUUCUAGCAACCAUCUCAAAAGUACUAUAAAACAUUACAAGUCUUUGUUGCAGCAACGGGACGAAACUAUUCCCGACUGUUAUGAUACUUUAGUUGUCAAGUACAAUGAGUAUGAUAGUACUAAGUUAAUGAAAAAAGGGCCUUACAAACAAAAUUCUGGACUUGCCGAAGUAUGUGCCGAAAAUAUUAAGUUGUGGAAUUACUUUUUAUUAACUUUCAGUUGCAAAAUAGCUAUUCAACAGUAUCUAAGUAAGAAACACCACAAUUUAAGGGUAAGACGAUUCGCCGAAUUAUUCUUUUUGAUAUACAAUCCUCGAAGUUCUGCGUUUGGUUGUCACGACAACAACUACCAAAAUUAUUUAGUUAUUGCAGAAAUAGCGAGAAGAUCAAAAUAUACGCAAAUGUUACCCCCAUUACCGAUACAUUGUGUAACAUUAGACGGGGAAAGUGCUACGAUGCCUGUUAUAUUUGAAGAUCAGUACCAAGAUCCGUUUGAAGCAAAGAAGAAAAUCUCUGAAUUAAAUAGUAUUAAUCAAACUUCAGAAUCCUCAGUCUGGACGAAAGCUUCCAAAAUAGACUUGGACGAAACGAAUUGUUCGUGUUCCAUCGGAAAGCUGUGGACAAAUAAGUUAGGAUCCAUCAAAACUUUACUCAAUUCCGAUUUAUAUAAUAUUGAAGAUUCUUUAAAUUUUACAAUUCCAGCUCGACAUAGCAAAUCCUUAGAUCAUUUACAAAUGUGUUCAACCAAUAAUUAUCAUUACACUUUAAGCAAUCGAGCACAAAAGAAAUGUCAGAAAAAAGAGAAACUGACCUUUUGUAAAACAGAACCAACACUCAAAAACGUAGCUAGUGAACAUAACAUGGGGAACAGGGUAUAUUUUUUAAACAAAGAAAACGAAAAUCUUUGUAGCUGUUCUUUUGACAACUACAAAACUAAAAGUCCUAAGUUUUUAACAAAUGAAUUAUCUUCUGUUGAUAUUAAUAUUGAAGAAUAUAAUGUAGAAAAAAAGUACAAGCAAUUUGAAGUAAAGAAUUUAUCUAACGUUAAAGAGCAAUAUUAUACCAUAGUUAAGUCUUUAAGUGAAACACCAUCCGAUGGCCUGCAGAACAUCUUCAGGUCUAGUUCGGUGCAGUCGUUUUCCCCUAAGAGGAAAAUCAGCAACGGGAUCAACAAAUUUAAUUCCCUUCUAUUCAAAAGAAACCACAAAUCGGGCAAAAUGGUAAACGGAACUGAGAACGACCAAAACCAACCAAAGCGAUCCAAAAAAGUCCUUCCCAACGGGAAUAAUAUUGAGAGCAGCAGCUCCACUGAUACAUUACCCAAAGAGAAACUCAAAGUAAAAGUGAAGAGGCAAAACCACACUGUAGGUGUGAGCAAUUGCAUUCGCAAAGUUAGAAGUGCUUCUUGUAUUCCUGAAGAGAUCAUUACGCAUACUUUAUCGGGAUCCGAAUCACUGCCAAAUAUUACUUCGAAAUUGGAAGAAAGGCUGUAUCCGGAAAUGAGGUAUUAUAGCAGUUCGUCUUCCAGUACAACUGAACAAAGUGGGUGGAUAACUUCCCGAAGUAGCUCUGUAGCGUCAAGUACUGAUUUAGCGAACAUCCCACAAUGUUCAUCUGUGAAUUUCGAAGCAGUUCAAAAGAAGCUCUUCACAAACUUGGAAGGAAAGAAAAGUAAAGAUAAAAAGGAUAAAGAUGAAAUCAAAACGCGUCUUAAAUCAAACAAAUUUUAUAUAGAUAGUGAUAGUUCGAAUAACGAUUUUAAGAAUAUUAAAAAUGAUUUAGACUCUAUUUUUGUUAAAGGCUGUGAAUUCAAUCAAAAUAAUAUUUGCGAGGUGUUCGCACUUCCACCCCCAAAACAAUUCAGGGAUCUCGAUUCGCCCGCUAGUUCCGUUACAAAUGGUGUAAAUGAUGUAAGUGAAGAAGAAAUAAAUGCCGUGGAUAACCCUCUAUAUCACGUAGUCGAUACUACUGCAAAUUUUGAAAGUCAAUUUGAAUUAUCCAAAACGCAGCAAACUGAGACUGAAGAUUUUAAUUUUACCAAAGCUGACAAAGACUCUCUAAAAACUUUCCUAAAGGCGAAAAAGGAAUUCAAAAGUCAAUUAAACUUUCCGGGAUUACUAUACUCAGAUAUGAAUAUGUUCGCCUCCACCAUUCCAUACUUCCAUAUCAGCGACGAGUUUCGAAUAUUCUCGCCAGAGGGCAUGCACCUGAUCGUCUGCGUCCAUGGCCUAGACGGAAAUUCAGCUGAUCUACGAUUGGUCAAGACCUACUUGGAGUUGGGGCUACCAGGAGCCUACUUAGAUUUUUUAAUGUCUGAACGAAAUCAGGGAGACACUUUUAGUGAUUUUGAUACAAUGACUGACCGUUUAAUUAGCGAAAUUCUACAUUAUUUAGAUACUUGUAGUAUACGACCAACUAGGAUCAGUUUUGUAGGACAUUCUUUAGGUAAUAUUAUAAUUAGGUCAGCCCUGACGCGGCCUCAAAUGAAAUUUCUUCUUCCAAGACUGCAUACAUUCUUAUCACUCUCUGGACCACAUUUAGGAACCUUAUACAACAGUAGCGGAUUAGUUAAUAUGGGAAUGUGGUUUAUGCAAAAGUGGAAAAAAUCCGGGUCGCUUCUGCAACUAUGCCUAAAAGAUUCUGUCGAUCCAAGGCAGUCGUUUUUAUAUCGUUUGAGUCAACGAAGUACGUUGCAUCACUUCAAAAAUAUUCUCCUGUGUGGUUCUGGCCAGGACAGAUACGUGCCACUACAUUCUGCCAGAAUAGAGCUGUGCAAGGAAUCACUGAAAGACACUUCAGAUCAGGGAACAAUUUUCAGAGAAAUGGUACACAACAUAAUUUCUCCAAUAAUUGCUCAGAAGGAGGUGAAACUGAUUAGGUACGACAUCCACCACGCCCUGCCCAAUACAGCUAAUGCUCUCAUUGGUCGAGCGGCGCAUAUAGCAGUUUUGGAUUCUGAACUUUUUAUUGAAAAAUUUAUGGUUGUUGUGGGUAUCAAAUAUUUCCGUUAAAUUUAUGAUAUUGUUUUUUAAUAA